CUUUUCCUUGUUCCUUGUGCCGCUGACCUUGGAAGACACAGUUCAUCAUGUGUCCCCCCAUACUGCUUUGAUGCAAAUGGAAAACCCGUCCAAAAUGGACAUGCGAUCAGCUAUUAAUUGGGAUGUCAAUAAACAGGUCGAAAUCGAUGCUGGCGUAGGAUCAGCUGUGAAUUGGAAUGCCAAGAAAAAGGUCAAAAUCAAUGCUGACGAAGGAAGUCCCUCGGCGGAUCGCAAACCCGAAGAAAAGGUUCAGGUCGACGCCAAAAAAGAUUCCAAAGAUACCAACGAGAAAGAAAAUUAUUUUUUGACUCACUCCAGCCCCUACCAUACAAUUUUUUCUACUGGAUGCUCAAUUUAUCAAGAUUGGCAAUCUUACGUCUUCUUUCAUCACGUGAAACGUUCGGGCCAAGAAGGUCACGUUACACGCAUAGCAUCUGGUUGCAGUGCCAAUGAUGAAGUGAAGUUUCAAGAGGUUUUCGAGGCUGAGAUUGAAUCAAUGAAUCCUGGAAAACACCAUCUGCAUUUUACACCAGACUUUUCCCGAGUUCCCAAAGUCGGCAAGAAGCCAUACAAAUAUUUCAACAAACCCUAUGGUGUUCGACAUUGGAUGGAGCACACACUGGGAUAUCCUCACAAUCACAAGCUGCAUGAUGAUUCGAUCAUUAUACUGAUGGACCCCGAUCAAAUCAUGUUGCGACCCUUCACGAAUGAUUUUACAAAUUCUUCCGAGUUAUGGAAAUUGAAGAAGAAACGCAAAUUGAAGGUGGGACACGGUUCUCCCUUCGCGCAAGCUUAUGGAUACGGUAUACAAUGGUUGAAGGGAGGGAAAAAGAUCAAAAAGAUUGACCAUGAAUACGUAUUUCAGGACGGACGACUUCCUACACCCGUGUCCAACAUGACUUUCGAGGAAGCUCGUCAAUAUUACUCUGGAAUGGGCCCAGUAAGUGAACAUGAGGUUAUACUCAUUGCUAAAGCGAAGUGUUUCUUAGAAAAUAGGUGAAAAUUUCGAGUAGAACCGCAUACGCAGAAGCUUUUCGGGAGAGAAAGCACUCUGCACAAUACUUUAAGCGGAGACAUCUUUUCUAUUUUACAUGACACAGUUAGCUCACUCUAUGCACCCUUUCUUUCCCUCUUCAUAAUAUCCCUCAGCCCUAUAUUGGUAAGAUUAUUUCUUUGCACUCACUGGUCUUGGGUAGAAUGAAUCUCUCACUUUUACUCACCUUCUUUCGAACCUAUUUUCGUCGCCUAUAUUUUGCUCUUGUAGCUACAGCGAAGGACAUGUGGGCAAU